ACAAAUAUAAACCUAAUUCUUUUUUCUCUCGAGCUCUAGCCGCCGGAAAAAAAUGUAGAUUUGAGGCCGGAUCGCGGUGGCUGACCUAACACCGAUUCCGACCUUCCCUUCUCAGGCCAGAAGCUUUUGCUUCUCUUUUUUCUUGUUUGUUGCGGCUUUGAUUGGAGAUUUGAGAAUGAGACAUGGGGUUGCGGUGGUUCGAUUCCGACAUGAGGAAGGUUUGAGUGGUGUUUUGGACUGGUGGAUUUUUCUCUCGCCGAGGCAUGGCUUUUGAUGAGAAGCAGGGUUCUCGAAUUAGGUAGUGGUGGUGGUAUCUGCUUUAAGAGUUGGCGGUGGAGGUCUCUUUCUGUUGCGUUUCUUUUCAAACGGAUUUCACCAAUACCCUCAAAACGACAACAGAGAUCAGCCUUUCCGUCAGCCGCAUUUUGAUAAUUAUUUUGGCCAACAACAACAGAACAUGAUCGUUGAUCAGAAUAAUAACGCUCCUCCGCCGUUUCCAUCUAGUCCUUGCGGUGGCAGCUUAAGGAAGAGACGGUCUCAAUCAGCUACAGAUACUGCUGAUGGUAGUAUUGCCAAGUUAUAUGUUGCGCCGGUCUCAAAGACAACAACUGAAUAUGAUGAAGAGGCUCUUCCAGAUGAUAAAUGAUCUCCCAACCAUUUUUGAGGUUGACAACCACAACAGUAGCAGAAGCAAAUCUAGCGGUGCCAAGCCUCGCCACUCUGAAUCUCACACUAAGGCUUCAAAGAUGUCCCCACCACCAAAAGAAGAAGAUGAGAGUGGAGAUGAGGAGGAAGAUGACGAACAAGAUGCGGUUUGGCCUAUUGGGAAUUAGAGUUUACAAACAAAAAUAAAAUCCUAGACAAAACUCUAAUUCCCUUCUCUUUAGCCUAUUGGGAAAUCCACUUAAAAACUUCAAGGUUCACAUUAUUUCUCAAUUUAUACUUAGUACAAAUUCCCCUGACUCUUCGUUAAGGUUAUUUUUGUCUUUUCACCAUUUAGAGUACUUCAUUUAACCUACAAAAUACUUGUAAAACGAUGACCUAAAUCUACGUUUAAUCAAUAACUCUACCACCA